AUGCAUGUGUAUGCCAAAUUCAUGAAAGAACUUUUCAACGGUAAACAUAAGUUGAAAGGUGAUGAAAAUGUAGCUUUAGCAGAGGAAUAUAGUGCCGUCAUUCAACAUCGACUACCACCUAAACUCACAGAUCCAGGUAAGUUCACGAUUCCUUGCUCUAUCAGUUCAUUAAAAAUUGGACAAACACUAUGUAAUUUAGGGGCUAGCAUAAAUUUGAUGUCGCUAUCUAUGAUAAGGAAAUUAGAUUGUGGGGAUCCAAAACCUACGAAAAUGACUUUUCCUCUAGCCGACCGAUCUAUCACUUAUCCCUAUGGAGUACUAGAGGACGUAUCGAUAAAGGUUGAUGAUUUACUGUUUCCCGCCGAUGUUGUCAUUUUGGAUAUGUCGAAAGAUGUUGAAACACCAUUAUUAUUAGGAAGACCAUUCCUUUCAACAGACAAAGCUUUGAUUGAUGUUGAAAUAGUAGAAUUGAUUCUCAUGUUUAAUAAAGAACAAGUAAUAUUUAAUGUGUUUGAAGCCAUGAAACAUGCUCAUGAGGAUUUGCAAUGCUACCAAAUUGAUUUGAUUGACAAAUUGAUAGAAAAUGUUUCGAUAGAAGAAAAACCAUUGUCUCCAAUAGAAAAUGUUUUUGUACAAUCUAUCGAUGAAAUAGAAGAAGAUGACAAUGAUGUUAAGGUAAAUGAGAUGGUACUACAAUUUCAAUCUUCACAAUUGGAUCCAGCGUAUAAAGUUUUUGAAGAAUUAGGAGGAAGUAGUGAAGACAAACUGACGGAACCCAAACUAAAAGAACUCCCUGAGCAUUUGAAAUAUGUCGUUCUAAGUCAAGGAAAUAGGCACCCCGUAAUUAUUAGCAGUACUUCGUCAAUAAUCAAAGAAGAAAAGUUUUUACUUUUACUGAAAGAAAAUAAGGAGACAUUAGGGUGGAAUCUAGCAGAUUUGAAGGGGAUUAUUCCAGCUAUUGCAUGCAUAAAAUCAAACUGGAAGAAGAAUUUAAAUCGUUUAUUCAACCUCAAAGAAGAUUAUAUCCAGAAAUGA